UGAACGCAGUACGCUUUUUUGCCAACCUUGCAGGCUUGCUUUGGUUCUGUCAUGUGAUGGUUCCUGCGUUUGCAGCGAAGCUCUUAACAGCAAACAAGCAAACGAACCGCUUCUAAGACGAAAAACUCACACAGAAGAGACUGAAGCUGCUGGACUGCUGUCAUGGGGUGCUGUUUCAGCGCCGGGAGCAACCAGGACGACCCAAAGAAGCUAUUGAUUCCUGACCCAAACUUAAACAAAAUACCCACUAAUGGCUCGGAUCGAAACGCUGACAGCCUGCCGUCCAACCGCACAGAUGAACAGGCCCUGCUCACGACCAUCCUGCAGCGGCCAGCCCUGAACAUAAUUGACGUGUCGGCUGUUAUUUCUCAAGGCCUGGAACAACAUGAAUACAUGGACAGAGCCAGACAGUACAGCACGAAGCUGGAUGUGUUGAGCAGAACGCUGUCUCAGAAGAAGCCGGUUCCUCUCCCGUCUCUGAGCAGCCAACCUCACCAGGUGCUCGCCGCUGACCUGGUCUCCUACGCAGAUGUACAGCAGGUGUCUAAGAUCGCUGCGUAUGCCUACAGCGCCAUCUCACAAAUCAAAGUAGAUGCCAAGGAAGAGCUGGUGGUGCAGUUUGCUAUACCAUGA